CACAAGGUGACUUGAACAACCUUUUGAUGGAAGAUGUCUGCCUCACUUUGGGACCUGGUUCAAUACCAGAGACUUUUGCUAAUGAUGCUUGUUCUGGGAAUUGGUGGAUCACUCCAGCUUGGCUUUCAAGGAUCUAUGAUCACCUAUACAUCUCUGCAUGUUAAAACAUUUAUCAAUGACACCUGGAUGGACUGCUCUGGCCUUCCUGUUCACCCUGAAACCCUCACUUUGCUGUGGUCCUUGAUUGUGUCUGCUUUUGGUUUCGGAGGAUUCCUGGGCUCCAUGGCCAGUGGACAGCUGACUGCAAAAUAUGGAAAAAAGAGAUGCCUCCUGGGAAACAAUGUGCUCAUGCUGGGUGGUGCCUUCUUUGUUGGUUUCAGCAAGAUGGCCAAGUCUUUUGAGCUGAUUCUGGUAGGACGCUUCCUGUAUGGCAUCAGUGCAG